GUAGGACACAUCCCUUCAUAGCGACCACGGCUGCUGUCACCAACACCACAGCGCCGAUGCUAUCAUAGGAGGACUGGAUGACAAUCUCUUUCGCCUAUUAGGACAUUGGAUUUGAAAGACAGCUUUCAGCCAUUUUAUCAUCGGUAAACUUUCGCUCUUUCUAUCCCUUUUCAUUUUGAACAAUGACUUCAUGAAGUAGGCUUACAAAAGCUAAAUACGCCAGGUUUGGAUAAGAUAACAGUGGCUUUUAUUGACGCCUGCUUUCCUGCUUUCGCACUCAAUUCUAGCGUGUGACGACAGGGAUAUGGAGUUUGGGGAAGCAAAUAAACUGGUUCGCAUUUUGAACUAUUUACACGAUGUAUCAGUCUACUGCAGCUAAACUGUUAAAUCAAAUAGUUUAUUUAAUUUUCCAGAACGUAUACGCAGCCGCCAGUGAUUGUGUUUUUAUUAGGGAGUGAGUAUCAUUCAUAAACCCCCCCUUAAAUUUCUUGUUGUGGCAAAGCUGGUGAAAUGACCAGAAAUCGGUUUUAAAUCACAAACAAGAGGUCGAAUAGAAGGUCCUAUAUUGCUACAUGGAAUCUGGAACUACAAAUGCAGUGUAGAUAAAGUGAUGAUCGAUGUCAUUGUACAGAUACAAUGUUGCUGAUGGGGACACAUUCCUAAUGUUGACAUGUAGGCAGUGAUUUUCUCAUUUUGUUGACACACAUGACUAUCAAAAGAAGUUGUACUACUUAGCUAGUGCCAGGUGCAACAGCUUACCGAAGCAUACAGGAAGCACACAGACAAGUCUCAGUUUGAGAGAGUGGGCUAUAAUCUUGGGAGAUGACGGAUGGACACAUUGGGAAGAUUGGAACCUGUGACCCUGCAGUCUAAAGACACCAUGGAGCAAGGCUUCAGCUUCAGCACACUGAAGAAGCUGGCAGCCGAGCCGGACCACACGGACGUGAGCCUGACGGCGGCAGAGCGCGUGCGGGCCCUCAGCAAGAUGGGCUGCAGCAUCGAGAUCAACGAAGAGAUCACGCCACGCCGCUACUUCCGGUCCGGGGUGGAGAUGGAGCGCAUGGCCGCCGUGUACCUGGAGGAGGGCAGCCUGGAGAAUGCCUACGUCCUCUACAACAAGUUCAUCACUCUGUUUGUCGAGAAACUCCCCAGCCAUCGAGACUACCAGCAGUGCAGUGUGCCUGAGAAACAGGUGAUAAUAAAGAAGUUGCAAGAUGUUGCAUUUCCGCGGAAAGAUCAAUUGAAGAAGCUCCUCCACGAGAAGUACAACAAGGAACAAACAGAGUAUCUCAAAAGUCAGAGCCAGGCGGUGGUGGCGGAUUGCUGCGGCCAGCAGCUGCAAAAGAUGUCUCUGGUUGAGCAGGAGAGGCAGAGGGUGGCGCAGCUGCGCAGGAUGCAGAUGGAGUCGGAGCAGUUCCGCUACUUCGAGGACCAACUGCGUAGACAGGAGCUGGCCAAUCGCAGAGACGAGGCGGUCGCUAAAGUGCCUGAACAAACAGACGGGGCCUGUCUGUCCCACUCCUCCAAGAACCAUGUUCGUCUCGAACCGAACCGCAAUAAACAGCUUCUCCCCAGCAGCAAGCCAGCAGCUACACUGGCUGGCGUACAUAAUCAACGGGUUGAGGGCCUGAGGCGGGUGGUCAUUCCUAGAGACCUGACCUACAGGUUUCUACUGCUAGCCGACAGUAACACAGCCAGGGGAAUAGAGACAUGUGGGGUACUCUGUGGAAAACUGACUCAAAACGAGUUCAUGCUGACCCAUGUGGUGGUGCCCAAACAGUCAGCUGGCCCAGACUACUGUGAUAUGGAGAACGUGGAGGAGCUCUUUAGUUUCCAGGACCACCACAACCUACUGACUCUGGGCUGGAUCCAUACCCACCCCACCCAGACGGCCUUCCUGUCCAGUGUUGACCUGCAUACACACGGCUCCUACCAGCUCAUGCUGCCUGAAGCCAUCGCCAUCGUCUGCUCGCCCAAACACAACGAUACGGGAGUGUUCAGACUCACCAGUUCUGGGAUGGGGGAGGUCGCUGGCUGCAGACUGAAGGGCUUUCACCCACACUCCAAGGACCCGCCGCUCUUCAGCAUCUGUAGGCAUGUUGUUAUAAAGGACUCGAAAACAACAGUGCUGGACCUCCGGUGACAGCGAGGGGAAGACAGGACACCCACAACCCUAACUACUAUUUAUUUUUUUAUUUAACUAGGCAAGUCAGUUAAGAACAUAUUCUUAUUGACAAUGACGGCCUACAGUGGGUUAACUGCCUUAUUCAGGGGCAGAACGACAGUUUUUUACUUUGUCAGCU